AUGAAUAUAUCGUUUCACAUAUGCCUUUAUAAAUCUUAUAUUUUUCUACCUUCAGUUCAAUGUCAAACAAAUAAAAUUCGUCGAAACUAUACAUGGGAAAGAGCUAUGAAGAUCGAUUUCCGACAUAUGGGACAACCCAGUCAGAGAAGCACACUAGUCGACGAUCUUGACUUCGAUCUGUCCAGAUUCUUGUUUUCCUUGAAUAUCAGACAAGAUUCUUUGUAA